UGCCCUUUUAACAAAGCCCUGUACUCUCUGAGAGAUUUAUUUAAUGCCAGUUUUCCAUUUAAUGAUGCUUUUUGCACUUGACUAGAACCUCCAAAUCUUGAUUAAUCCAUCCUUCCCUAAUCUUAUCACCCUUCCCUGUCACACACUCUCAGGAACAAAAUGCCUCAACUCUCCUCAUCACACUGUUGGACACCUCCCACUUGUCAGGCGUCCUUUUACCUGCGAACAGUGUACUGCAAUCAACUUGUGAAAGUUCUUGUCUUGCACCAUUAAAAUUUGCCACUCUCCAGUUUACUUUUUAUGGAAGGCGAUCUUUUUCUGUAACUAUUUUAAAACUCAUAGAAUUAUGAUCAUGAGUCCCAGAAUGUUCUAUUGUUAAUGCUGAAGUCACUUGCCCUGCCAUAUUACCGGAGGAACAUUGAUAAAGAAAAGAUUUAACAAGUUCCUUGCCAUCCAAACCCCUUAAGGGCAUGGCAACACCAUUGUGUUUGGGAAUUCAAAAUCCCCUACUACAGCCCUAUCCUUACAAAUAUCUGAGAUCUCGCUACAUAUUUGCCCCUCAGUUUCGCCAUUCCCCCCCUUCCCCGGGGUCGAGGGAGGCUAUAGUACAAUUGCGUCAAGGUGAUUGUCGCUUUUUUACUUUUUAAUUUCAACCUGUAUAUUUUCACUGGGUGAUCCCUCAAAUAUAUCUAAUCAUGGAAGUAAUAUUUUUCCUUAAUCAAAAAUAGCCUCCCCAUCUUCCCUUCCAUAAUGUUUAAAAUGCCCAACACUGAGCUGCCAGUCCUGUCGCUCAUUCAGCCAAGUUUUUAUAAUGGCUAUGUCUUUCCAGUCCUUUUUUCCAAUACGUGUGGCCUGAGUUCGUCAGUCUUGCAUUGAAACAAAUGCUGUUCAGUUCUUCAGAGUUGCCUUGCUCGUGUCUGACCUUUUACUUAUAAACUUGGCUAUUCAUUUUCCUGAUUCGGAAGCACCCUCUCCUGUCUUUCUGAUUUUCACAGAAACUCGGGAAACCCUACCUACCCCUCCCCUACAAUCACUUACAGGCAUUUCAGCUGGGUGCUUUUUCCACAUGCUGGGGAGCUGACUGAUUUGGUGACACGGGGGCGGGGUGGGGCUACACCAGGACCUGUGUUGUAUCUUAACCAAACAUCGUGGAAGGAGAGAUUACAGACCUCAGGGAGACUGCACAGCAUCCAGGUGGGGUAUUCUUCAGUGGCAUCGAGCAGAGGCUGGGUCAGCAGGGGACCCAGUACCUGGACAGCUCGUCCCCGAGACCGGCUGUCCAGAAUGUGGUCAGCACCCAGUAUGCCCUGCAGCAGGUCCCCAGCACUUUGGCCACGCUGGAGUUCGCGGAGGGUCUCGGCAUCAGUGGUGGAGCUGGCGGGUGUAAGAUGCAGACCAACUCUCCUCUACACUACAACACGCACCAUAAUCAGAUUGCACACAGCAAGGAGAGAAUGACUGGCAGCAGCCCAGUCUCACCUGCUUCCUCGCCAGCCUCCAGCGCAGGUGGUUCCCCUGCUCAUGUGGGCUCGCUCACCAAUGACUCCCUGGAUGGACCUGCCACCUUUGCCUCGCCCAAGCUCCAGCCACCGGAGGAGCUGGCCUGUGGCUUAUGGGUGCCUGACCUCGGGCCCUGCAACCAGCCUGUGAAGGGGCAGGCCUGGGACAAGGCUCACGCCGAGAUCGCCGAGCAGGCCAAGCACGAGGCUAAGAUCGAGCAUCGUAUUGCCGAGCUGCGGAGGGAGGGCCUGUGGUCCCUGAAGAGACUGAACCGGGUACAGGAGGCUGCCAGGCCCAAGUCCCACUGGGAUUACCUCUGUGAGGAGAUGCAGUGGCUGUCAGCCGACUUCUCUCAGGAGCGCCGCUGGAAGCGCGGUGUGGCCAGGAAGGUGGCCCGUACAGUCCUGCGUUUCCAUGAGGAGCAGAGACAGAAGGAGGAGAGAGCCAAGAGGGACGAACAGGUCAAGCUGCGGCGCAUUGCUUCCUCUAUCGCCAAAGACGUCAAACAGUUCUGGACUAACGUGGAGAAGGUGGUGCAGUUCAAGCAGCAGUCCCGCCUGGAAGAGAAGCGUAAGAAGGCCUUAGACCUGCAGCUCGAUUUCAUUGUGGGCCAGACCGAGAAGUACUCGGACCUGCUGAGCCAGAGCCUCAACGAGUCCCUGCCAGCCAGCAAGCCCGGCUCGUCCCAGCUCGGCUCUUCUUUGGCUGGGUCAGCGGCUUCCACCCCUCCCAUCUCCGGCUCGGCCACCGAGGACGAAGACUUCCAGCCUCACGAGGAGGAAGACGACGAGGAGACGAUCGAGGUGGAGGAGAAGCAGGCCGGCAACGACGAUGAGACGCGGCGGCGGGAGAUCGAGCUGCUGCGGCGUGAGAGCGAACUGCCCCUGGACGAGUUGCUGCGUUCGCUGCCCGCCAGCCUGGCGGAGCAGGAGGGGGAUGGCGGGCAGGAGGAGGAGGAGAGCAGCGGCAGUGAGUCCUCUGAAGAUGCACCACCCAGGCCCAAGAGGAUGCUCCAG